AAAAAAAAAAAAAAAUUAAUUAUAUAAAAAAAGAGAGGUUCGCAUCGGCAUCUCGCCAAUUUUUCUGAUCAAAACGGAGGAUGUCCGUCACUCUAUAAUUAAACAUUUCGGUUGAUCGUCUCUCUCUUUUCUCAUAAUUUUAUUAUCAAGGCUUCAUUUCCCCACCAGAACCAGCACAUCUCCAUCUCCAUCUAUAAACAUCCGCCCCUCCCCUGGUUCCCAAGAAAUCCAAUUGCUCCCCACUCGUACCUGGAACACGCAUUGGGUCUGAUCCGUUCUACCGGUCUUUGCUCAAUCAUAUAUGGUUCGCCUGUAGCCACGUUUUCUACCCCCAACUUCUCUUCCCAUCCUUUUCCAUUCUACACCUCAGCUCUCCCCGACUCUCGCUACUCCAGUCAUCCUUCCGUCAUGGAUCUCGCCAGCCUCAUCACUCCGGGACUUGAGCCCGUCUACAAGUCUCGGGCCUCGUACAGUCCCCCUCCCAGCUCGGCGGGUUCAUACAAGCGCCCGUCGACGGACUCGUACUUCUCUUACUCGCGCGCCCCGCAACCCCCUCUUUCCCCGCCAGUUGAGGACCAGCCCAAGUGCUCUCUCCCUUCUAUCUCGGCCCUCUUGGAAAGCGCAGAUAGCGCAUCAACAUGUGCUACAAAGCGUCAAAAAACUAGUCCGUCCCCGCGUAGAGAGUCGGAGAUCCGGUCGACUUAUGAUUCUAUCUCGAACGGCCCUCCCACGCCACCUUUGCGCCCUGGAUCGGGCUUCCACAGCAGCAAUCAUUCCCCCUCGGCUUCGUCCGUCAGCAGCGGCAAGGCCGUCAAGGUCGAGUCAUACUCGCAACUUCCCGUGACAUUGCCCACCCCGUCCGACAGAUCCUCUAUCUCCAGCCAGGGCUCGGUCCAACACGUGUCUGCUGCUCCUUACGCUUCUCCGGCUCCUAGCGUGGUUUCCUACUCGUCGCCAACUGAGCCCUCCGCACCAUCCACCAUGUACUACCAGAGACCUUCUUCCGCUACCUACCAGAGCGCGGCCCCGGUGCCCGCCGCGUCCGCUGCUCCUCUGCCUCCGUCUGCCGCUCACCAGCAGAUGAUCACACCCGUCACUCCGGCCUGGCAGCACCACCACUACUUCCCUCCCUCCAGCUCAGCACCCUAUCAACAGAAUCACGACCGGUACAUCUGCCGCACAUGCCACAAGGCAUUCUCCAGACCAUCAAGCCUCCGCAUCCACUCUCAUAGCCACACCGGCGAGAAGCCAUUCCGCUGCACUCACGCCGGCUGCGGCAAGGCCUUCAGCGUACGGAGCAACAUGAAGCGUCAUGAACGUGGCUGCCACACCGGCCGCCCGGUCGCCACCGCCAUGGUAUAAAAACAUCGCAUUCCAAGAGAACUAAGGAAAUAAAGAGAAAAAAGAAAUAAAAAAAAGGGAGAGAGAAAGAGUAUCUCUCCAGGUCCAUACAUCUAUCCUGCAGCACCUUCUGAUUCGAUGAUACCCUUUUAUGCGUGUGAUUUAUUACUUUCUACCCGGGCUUAGGGGUUUAAGGCACAGGUGUCUGGGACAGGAACUUAUAUACAUACACUUUUUUUUGUUUUUCCUUCUCUUCUCACCUCAUGUAUAUAUUAUAUGGACGGGUUUGUUGGAAGGAUUAGGUUUGGGAUUUGGUAUUAACCAGGCGUCGAUGGAAAACCCGGUUUUCUACGGGUCUUGGGAAGAAAAACGAACUUGAACAGGGGUGUCUCAGGCAUUUGUCGGAGUUCGUCUUCCCUUAUUGUUGUUACGUGUUUCUUUUGUGUCAUUUUCCUUUGUUUUAGUGAUGUGACAUGACCUUGAGACAGAAUUGUAUAUUUUGAGUCCCGAAUAACUUGCGUGCUUUUUGUACCUGUAAUACCUUUUUCUGUAAUACCUUAAUUCGAUUGUGUAUGUUGUCCAUAUCAUCAUGGACUGUGUAUUAAUAUUUAUAAGUAUGAAUGGUUUGGAACUUAAAACACCUUACUUACAUAACCAAUCCAUCUCCCAACUCAGUCCCUACUAGUACUAAGUACAUGCAUAAUCUACCCAUUCUAACCAAAGUCAUUACUCAAACGAUAUAACCC